AUGACCUCGUCAUCCAGCAGCGGUUCGUCGAGCUCUAGCUCGGAAGAUGAGGAGGAGGCAGCGUCAGAAAUCAACCCGCAGAAGCGCAAGUUCUUGGAGAAGAACAUCAAAUGUGAACGGAAAGUGGCCGAGAAGGUAGCUCAUUUCAUCUCCCGGAACAUGCCUGGGCGCACCUAUGGCGCACCUAUCUCUCGACGGCGUAUCUAUUUGUUGAUGAUCCAGGAGUCUGUUAUGACCGAAGAGGCUGCACAACAAGAUUUGAGUGAUUACAUUGAGGCCAAGUUGAAGGCUAUGCAUUUCAAAUCCUCGAAAGUUCGUUGGAUCGAUUUGCUCUUGCCCAAGCAACACUCUGCCAUCCAGAAAGACAUGAAGAAGCGCAGCCUUCUUCGCAAGCGGGCGGCCCGCAAGCCCAUGGAUUUCAGAGCCAAGUGGGUUAAAGGCCAUACCAAGUGGGCAAAAGAUAACCAGGCAGUUGAUCUCCUAUUGGCCCAGAGGGGGCAGCUGAGCAUUGUGAACACUUCGCAAUCGCUCCACCAGAUGCCAUACUUGAACUCUGAUGAUGAAGAUCUCAUGCCAAAUGGAAAAUUCCUUUCUACAACAGCAGGACGCUACCUGAUUGGCAAAGAGGUAUUGCAUUCCUUAGCAGGGAACGCGAUGGCCAUGAGAGCAGUUCUACCGUUGAUAUGCAGUGCCCUGAGCGCAUGUGAGCCUACGAAGUUGGCGAUGUAA